AUGGCCAUCGACGUCGACACCGGCGGCCGAACCCACGGCGGGCUCAGCGACGAGGACCGCAUCUUCACCAACCUGUACGGGAAGCACGACCCGUUCCUGAAGGGCGCCAUGAAGCGCGGCGACUGGUACAACACGAAGGAGCUCAUGCUCAUGGGUCCCGACUGGAUCGUGAACGAGAUGAAGGCGUCGGGUCUGCGCGGACGCGGAGGAGCCGGUUUUCCCUCCGGUCUCAAGUGGUCCUUCAUGCCCAAGGUCAGCGACGGUCGUCCCUCCUACCUGGUCAUCAACGCCGACGAGUCCGAGCCCGGCACGUGCAAAGAUCGCGAGAUCAUGAGGCACGACCCCCACAAGCUCCUCGAGGGCUGCCUCAUCGCGGGCACCGCUAUGCGCGCGAGAGCCUGCUACAUCUACAUCCGCGGCGAGUACGUCAACGAACGCCUCGCGCUCAUGAAGGCGCGCGACGAGGCGUACGCGGCGGGCUACCUCGGCAAGAACGCCUGCGGCUCCGGCAUCGACUUUGACAUCAACAUCCACUACGGAGCCGGCGCGUACAUUUGUGGGGAGGAGACGGCGCUCAUCGAGUCGCUGGAGGGGAAGCAGGGCAAGCCCCGGCUCAAGCCCCCUUUCCCCGCGGGCGUCGGCCUGUACGGCUGCCCCACGACCGUCACGAACGUGGAGACCGUCGCGGUCGCUCCCACCAUCCUUCGAAGGGGCGCCGAUUGGUUCGCCUCUUUCGGUCGAAAGAACAACGCGGGCACGAAGCUCUUCUGCAUCUCGGGUCACGUCAACAAGCCGUGCACGGUGGAGGAGGAGAUGUCCAUCCCGCUCAAGGACCUGAUCGAGAAGCACUGCGGCGGUGUGCGAGGCGGGUGGGAUAACCUGCUGGCGAUCAUCCCCGGCGGAUCGUCCGUGCCCUUGAUCCCCAAGAGCGUGUGCGAGGAGGUGCUCAUGGAUUUCGACUCGCUCAAGUCGGCGCAAUCCGGUUUGGGCACUGCGGCGGUGAUCGUCAUGGACAAGAGCACGGACGUCGUGGACGCCAUCGCGCGCUUGUCGUACUUUUACAAGCACGAGUCCUGCGGGCAGUGCACCCCGUGCCGCGAGGGUACCGGGUGGCUCUACGCCAUCAUGGAGAGGAUGAAGAAGGGCGACGCCCGGCUCGAGGAGAUUGACAUGCUCCAGGAGCUGACGAAGCAGAUCGAGGGGCACACCAUCUGCGCGCUGGGCGACGCCGCGGCGUGGCCGGUGCAGGGGCUGAUCAGGCACUUCAGGCCCGAGCUGGAGGCGAGGAUCAACGCUCAGCCCACGAGCGAGCAGAUCGCGGCGUGAUCGCGGCGUGAGUGUACCUAAAUGUACGGAUAGAACGACAAAACCAAGUUGAAUUUCCAUAUUUUCUGUUUCAAAGCGCUUC